ACUUAUGUGUAACUGUGUAAUACAUAGUUACAUAACUCUGUUAACUUUAGUCUGUAUAAUGUAGUGAAAUUCAGGUUUUGGGAGAAAUUACAGGAAGGGCCUCAGGUUUUCAUGCCUCAUUCUACCAUUAAGCUUCUUCCCUCAACAUGCACCCUUCUAUGAACACAUCAGGGCCAACUCAGGGCUCAGCGGGAAUACCAGAGUGCCCUGGGAUUGAACCACCAACCCAGUCCAGUGAGCCUGGGUAUUCAUCCCAAAUAUUUGGUGCAUGGCCAUUAGGUGUCUCUGUUGGUCUGCUUUGGCGUGCAUUAGCUGGACCUCAAGAUGUUUGUUGUCAUUUCGUAUGGACACAGCCUAAAAUGAAACACUUUUUCUCACCAGCCUCUACAGUGCAAAAAGCUUGAACUGUCCUCCAAUGGCCUUGGAUAAAUAAAGGUCUAAUAUUCGACUGAUGCAGAUCACAAAUGUGUAUGUAGAGUGAAAAACGGGAAGCAGAGUGUUAAUAAGAUCUACGGUUCCUGAUCUAUGUAAUCCCCUCAUGGGACCCCUGUACCCUUGUGUCCUGUCCUGCUGAAACCUUUAAAACCUAAUUAUUUAUUCAUGAGAUUAAGUGAACAAGCUACUCCCUUUGCUUCUACAAGAAUAUAGAGUGUAGUAUAACAUGGUGUAUUAUAUAGUAUGGAUGCAGGGUGAACUGUGGAAUUGGUGCAUUUGAUUUAUUAACUGGUACAACACUAGUUUUAAUUUACCACAUACAAAAACACAGCUUCCCAUGAGCCUCUUGGGCCAGUCGUCCUAUUCUGGUCUGACUGUGGAUCUCUUAAUAGGAUUAUCUAUUCUCAGGACUGGAGAAAGGCUGAGGAGCAAAUGAGCCAAACACUGACCCGUGAGAAUAUGUUUGUGCUUUCACAAAUGAUGAAGAGUCCACUGUGAACUCUGAAGUGAAUCUGAAUACUGUAAUCAGGCUUUCUCUGACAUUUGGAUUAACUCUGGUGAAAGAGGCUGACGCAGUAAUGAGCGCUGAGCCAGAGGCAGAGAUAAGCAGCUACAACCUGCCCAACAUGCCAGACAGUGACGACAGCGGAGAAGAAACUAGCCAAGAGGAGCCGCCAAUCGCAAGCUGGAGUGAGCUGCCCAUCAUAGAGCGCGUUGGCCUCAAUAGUGUAGAGAUGUCAGAGAAGGAUUUGGAGACAGCUUUCUCUCAGAUCGCCUUGUCUCUCCGCUGUGAUCAGUACACCCUGAAGCAGAGGCUGCAGGCGGAGGAGCACGCCCGUAACCUGGCUGAGGAGAACAUCCAGCUAGAGCUGAGCAGAGGCAGGGAGACCCUGGAGAUACUGAAGAGCCUGUGUUUGGACAACAAGCGCAGCGAGAUCCUGCAGAAGCUGGAGCUGUCCCUGGACAUCCUCGGAGGCACCGUGGACCGGAUCUCUAACACAGCAGAGGUGCUCGGUGCCGUGCAUCAGGAGGCUCGAGUGAGUAGAGCAGUGGAACUCAUGGUGGCUCACGUGGAGCGCCUGAGGAAGCGAUAUGACAGAAAUCUAGCUGAGCUGGAAGAAGCCAGAAGGAUGAUGAUGCAGCAGCAGAGCUCCUGCAGAAACAUCACAGAUCCCAGAGCCUCCACAGGUUUCUGCAUCAGUGAUCCAGAGGAAAGUGACAACAUAAAGAAAGAUACUCAGCAGAAGCACAUCCGUAGAAGGGUCUGUGUAUCAGUAAUUUCCAGCCAAACUCAGGAUAGGAAAAAGCAAGACUCCAGAAAGCGUCUCUCUUCCAGCAAGAAGGCUGUCCCUUUUUGCCCGUCUCCCAUGAGCUCAGAGUCCAGCUGCUCUUUCAUGAACAAGGACGACAGAUACUCAGUGGAGGACAGGCCGCACAAUCCAGAUGAAACUCCAUCAGAAGCUCUUCCAGGACCCGCUCCCAUCCUAACCCCAGAGAGCCCCCCAUCAAAACCAGUGAACAACAGCAGGACUCUGAACAAAAACUUCUCUCUGGAUACUUUGCGGCACAGACACAGGGGCAAAGCAGUCUUAUCCAACAAAGGAAGGGAGAAAAAGAUGGCAAAUAUCUGCAGACGGAUCUCCACAGUGGGGACGUGGAGGCAACAUCCUCUGACUCACUGGCUGCAGCGCUGCCGGCUGGUUCUCCUGUGCACGUUUGUGAUUUUCUGUGUCGUAACACUGAGUUACUUCUUGUGGUAGUUUCAUGAAACACAGUCAUCAGUGCUUCACGUGAAUUAGUGUGUCGACAAUUGAAGGCUAUUUGUAAACAAACAUAAAAUGGUUUUUGAUGCCCUGCUUUUGGUCGUUCAUUGUGUUUGUCACAGGGAAUCACACAUUUUGGUAACAUCCAUCCAUUUUCUGCUGCUCAUCCAGUUCAGCUGUCAUAAAUAUGGGCUCAAAUUGUGGUC